AUGAACACCGCCAGAGCUCCCAGACGGCCCUCCACGCGGUCCUAUCUGGACGACGACGACGUGUCGCUGCUCGCGGAUGAGUCGUUUCACCAGUACGGCUCCAUCAGCGAGGAACACUACAUCCAAAGCAGAAGAGCCUCUAUGAAAUCGUCCAUGUCUCAGCUCACCAUGUUGAACCUGGUCCCCACCAGAACAACCGACGUGGGACUGAUCUUGGAGGUCGAAACCUCCGUCGUGCAAGAGCUCGGCUUGCUGUCGCUCAGUGCCCUGCCGUUGGUGAUCACCUUCCUUCUCCAGUUCUCCCUGACGGUGGCCUCUGUUUUCAGUGUUGGUAACCUGGGAUCGCAGGAACUGGCAGCAGUGUCGUUGUCGAACUUGCUCUGUAACGUUUCUGCGUACGCCAUCAUCCAAGGAAUCGCUUCGUCCUUAUCUACCCUCUGUCCCCAGGCGUACGGCAGAAAAGACUACAGAUCUGUGGGGAUGCACAGUCUGCGGUGUUUGGUGCUGUUGUUGCUUCUGUACAUCCCAAUGUUCAGUUUCCUGCAUUGGGGGUCGCGGCCGCUGCUCAUGAAGAUCAUCCAGGACGAACAGCUCAGCGAUCUGGCCUCAUCGUACCUCAAGAGACUCAUCUACGGAGUCCCGGGCUACAUUGUGUUUGAGGUGCUCAAACAGUUCCUGCAAGCACAGGGAAUUUUCCACGCGUCGACACUGGUGCUGGUGCUGUGCGCUCCGUUGAACAUCUUUCUCAACUACCAACUGGUUUGGAACGAACGGUUUGGCAUUGGGUUCCUCGGAGCACCUACAGCCGUGGUGAUCACCAACUGGUGCAUGGCCACGAUGCUUUUCUGCUACGCCCGGUUCGUCAACGGCUACCGGUGCUGGUGCGGGUUCUCUGCCGACGUUUUCCGCAACUGGAACAAGACUCUGAGGCUGGCCGGUCCGGGAGUCAUCAUGAUCGAGGCCGAGUGGCUGGCGUUCGAGAUCAUCACGUUUGCCUCGUCCAAGUUCGGAACGGCCGCGUUGGCCUCGCAGUCCAUCAUGACAACCACGGGGUCCACGAUCUACCAGAUCCCGCUUGCGAUCUCCGUGGCUGCGUCGACAAGAGUGGCGUGGUUCAUUGGCUCGGCGUCCAAGAACGCUGCCGUGAGAGCGUCGCACGCCGCGCUGUGGAUGUCGCUGCUGUUUGGAGCCUUCAAUGCGGUGCUGCUUGUGCACUUUAGAACUACGGUUGUUGGACUGUUUUCGAGCGAUCCUGCGGUGAUCGAGCUCGCCAGCAAAGUGCUGAUCAUCGGGGCGGCGUACCAAGUGAACGACGCAAUUGCUUGUGUCAGCGGCGGAGUCUUGCGGGGACAGGGCCGUCAGUACAUCAGUGGCUGGCUCAAUCUUGUGAGUUACUAUGUGUUUGCCCUGCCGAUCGCGUUUGCGUGCGGGUUCAACCUGCACAUGGGCCUGAUCGGGCUAUGGGUGGGCAUGAUGUGCGCCCUGUGCUUUGUGUCGCUGGCUGAGUGCUACUACGUGCUCACUACCGACUGGGACAAUCUGAUCAAGAAGUCCAUCGAGGACGGAAUCAAGGAACACACGAGUUUCAGCGACGCUCUGAGAGACCAGGCCAGUUUCCAGGAAGUGGUCAUUCCGGGCAGUGCCAGUCUGCGGCCUGUUAGGAGCCACGCGCUGCUUCCGAUUCCUGUUUAA